AUGAGAAGAACUAUGUUGUGCUACAGCAACCAAAGAAAGAACAUAGGUUAUUAUUAUAUUCUUCUAUCUGACGUUCUAGGGCAGGAUAAAUCGGGAUUAAUCUUCAAAGUUUCUCUUUCAAAACAUUUGACAAGGUUGUGUCCAAUUGAAAAUAAUAUGGAAUUUGAACCUGAACUUGAAAAUUUAGCAAAAAUAUCUUGA